AUGAGUAAUAAACGUAAACACGCUUCAUAUGAUGUUCAGCAAAAGGUGGAUGUCAUCGAAAGAAUACGAAACGGAGAAACUUGCAUUAAAGUAAGCAGAGAGUUAGGGGUACCUGAGUCAACACUACGCGGAUGGAUCAAAGAUGAAAACAAAUUAAGAACAUUUCUUGAUGAGCUUGAUGAAAGUGGUUUAAGACGCAAGAGAGCCAGAACAGCAAAAGAUCCAGAAUUAGACAAAACAACUUAUAAUGCAUUUUGUGAGGCUAGAAAUAAUGGCAUCCCUAUUUCUGGUCCAGUCAUCCAAGCGCAGGCAGAAAAAUUAUACAAGGAAAUUCAUGGUCCCGAUGCAGAUCCUGAGUUUACAGUUUCAAGUGGCUGGCUGAAAAGGUGGAAACAGCAACACAGCAUUUCACAAGUAAAGAUCAAUGGCGAGAUUAAGUCAGCAGACACUGUAGCAGCAGAAGAGUUCAUUCCCAAAUUUCAACAAUUCAUAGAAGAACAGCAGCUAACAGAAGAGAUGAUUUACAAUGCUGAUGAAACGGGCCUUUACUACAAAAUACUGCCUGAUAGGACUUUAGCCAUGAAGAAAGACAAGACUAGCAAAGCACGUUAUAAACAGAUCAAAGACAGGGUGACAAUGUUAUUUUGCUGUAACUGGAUGGGUCAUCACAAGCUAACACCCCUUUGUAUUGGCAAGUUUGGAUCCCCAAGAUGUUUCCACAACAUCAACAUGUCAUCAUUACCACUGGACUACGAUCACAGCAAGAAUGCCUGGAUGACAGCAGCAAUUUUUGAGAAGUGGUUUCACCAAACGUUCAUCCCUGAUGUCCGUAGGCACCUUAGAAGCAAGGGAAUGGAACCACGAGCAUGCCUACUUCUAGACAACUGUCCAGCCCACCCCUCUACAGAGACAUUGAAGUCCAGAGAUGGCAAGAUUUUCGUUUAUUACCUUCCAAAGAAUACAACAUCCAAGAUUCAGUCCCUAGAUCAUUUCUGUGUUCAAAGUCAAUUAUAG